AAAGGGUUCCGGUGACACUCACUGCGCCGGCGUGCGGGCGCGAGCGGUCAAAGCGCCUUCCGGAGGCCUCCGAAGUGCGCCCUUUUCCCUGUCUGUCUCUUUCGGAGUGCUCCGAGCGAGAUUCAAAGAGGCCUUCGCCAACGGAGGGCUGUUUUUCUAUACUCUGAGUCCCCCCGGUGCCCCGCCACUUCGGCCCUUGCCCUUUGACCCUGCUCUCGCGGCGGGGUGAGAGGUAGGUGGCCAUCUUGUGGCGGCGGCGCGGGCGGCUGAUACUGCGGAGACCCAUCCCCUCCCCCUCCUGGCCCCCCCCGGCCAUCUGUCAGUCAUAAAGAGUCCUGCAGGCCGCCAGGUGAGGUCCCGGCCUCGUGCUGUCGCUCUCCCCGCCGCACUGGGCGGCCCAGGCCGAUCCCUGCCGGGCCUCACCGCCGCCACCAUGUCCUCCUUCUCCGAGUCGGCGCUGGAGAAGAAGCUCUCAGAGCUGAGCAACUCUCAGCAGAGCGUGCAGACCCUCUCCCUGUGGCUCAUCCACCACCGCAAGCACGCGGGACCCAUCGUCUCGGUGUGGCACCGCGAGCUCCGCAAAGCCAAAUCAAAUAGAAAGCUUACUUUUCUGUACUUAGCCAAUGAUGUCAUUCAAAACAGUAAAAGGAAAGGACCUGAAUUCACUAGAGAAUUUGAAUCUGUCCUUGUGGAUGCUUUUUCUCACGUUGCCAGAGAGGCAGAUGAAGGCUGUAAAAAACCUUUAGAAAGAUUGCUGAACAUCUGGCAAGAAAGAAGUGUGUAUGGCGGCGAGUUCAUACAGCAGCUGAAGCUGUCUAUGGAGGACUCCAAGAGCCCUCCCCCCAAAGCAACAGAGGAGAAGAAAUCUCUAAAGCGAACUUUUCAGCAAAUACAAGAGGAGGAGGAUGACGACUACCCUGGAAGCUACUCUCCCCAAGAUCCUUCUGCAGGACCCCUCUUGACUGAGGAACUAAUCAAAGCUUUGCAGGACCUGGAAAAUGCUGCAUCAGGGGAUGCUACUGUCCGACAGAAAAUUGCUUCUUUACCCCAGGAAGUGCAAGAUGUUUCUCUUUUGGAAAAAAUAACAGACAAAGAGGCAGCUGAACGUCUUUCAAAAACAGUAGAUGAAGCAUGUCUGUUACUAGCCGAAUAUAACGGGCGCCUGGCGGCAGAACUGGAAGACCGACGCCAGCUGGCUCGGAUGUUGGUGGAGUACACCCAGAACCAGAAAGAUGUUUUGUCAGAAAAGGAGAAAAAACUAGAAAGGAGUGACUUGAAAGCUGGACUUCUGGAAGAUGUCUGUUCAGGGGAGUCUACUAGAAGGCGUCAGCUGGGCCUUGCUGCAGUUCUCAGGAAUAUAAACAGAAGCUUGCUCGGGUAACCCAGGUCCGCAAGGAACUCAAGUCCCAUAUUCAGAGCUUGCCAGACCUCUCGUUGCUGCCCAACGUCACAGGGGGCUUGGCCCCCCUGCCCUCUGCUGGUGACCUGUUUUCAACUGACUAAGGCAGGUGUCAUGCCCCAGACUACCAUCUGUACCAGCAGAAAGAAGAGGGCAAGUCAUGGUUGGAAAUAACCUAGUAGCCCCUGGUUCUAUCCCUCUUUCUGCUCGGCCCCCCCAGCCUCAAGAAAGAACCGCAGGGUCUGAUUCUCCUCUCCAGCCUCUCCUGUUGAGCACAAUUGAGGACAGUGGCGAAUGGAAUCCAGUUUAGAUUUAUAUUUGGAAAGAAUACAAACUCACUUCAUGUUUCCAUGCCCCUGUUGGUUUUCCGUUCUUAGCUCUCUCUUUACACCCAAGAAGUUACGAAAAUCAUGUGUAGAAGAAUCUUGUCUCUCACGACAGCAUUGUGUCGUGAAAGCAGCUUCUCUUUUCUGAGUUGGGCUUGUUCAAGUCCACUUGAACUUCCACUGAGGGACUCACUUCUGGAGUCGUUGGCUUUCCUGGCUGCCAUCCACCCCAGAGAUUGGAGGCCCAACUGGUGAGCAGCUUUGCCAUAAAGAGUUUGCCAAAUCUCGGAUCCUCCCUUACUGUGACUUAUAGCAAUGCGUAGUCAAAGGUUGGGUGCAUUUGUGAGCAGACUAGAGGAUCUAGCAAUAAGAUUCAAAGCUGAUCUGGGACAUCAAGUCAUAGGUCAGAGAACGACUAACAGGGAUCACAAGCAUGAAUUAAAAAUAAGUUAUUUGCUUUAGGUUCCUGUCCAACAACCUUCCCAGGCUGCACUUAUCAAGGGUGCCACCCAUGGUCAGAGAGCACGUUCCUAGAAACAUGAUCUUUGCCCCAGUUGGUUGUGAAGGCGGUUGUUAGAAGUGGCACUGUGGGCCCCCAAAGCUGAAGGCAUUCUGGGAGUCCGGGCUCUGCGUGGGUGUUGCUUUGACCCUUUCUUUUGGGGAGUCGGGCACACACUAACAUUUAAUUCACUGCGUGGGCACAUGUCCACAGCAUGGUGACUAAACUUGAAAAUCUCCCCUGCAAAUAUGACACUCUGUGCAUGCUUGUCUGUCCUUUAGUUCACACCACUGCACGUGUCCUUGUGCCCCUAGGAGGAGUACUUUGUGUCAGAUGUUACUGAAUAGCUCAUCUCGGAAAGGGGGAAAGUGAGGGAUAUUAAUUGGGGGUCUUAAUUCCAUUAUCAUGCCAGCUGACAUUAUGACUAUAUAAUGUAGUUAGAGAGGAUUAUUACCUUGCUUUUAGUAAAGGUUAGGCCUGCUGACUAAGUCAUUCUAAUUUGGCAGGCUUAUUUUUGACAUUGGAAAGGGCAGAAAACAAUUUGCCCCAAUAGUGUAAUAGGAAUUAUAGCCCAGAGGCUGAAAUCCAAAAGCUAUAAAAAGGAUUUGUGGAGGGGGCUUCAGAAUCUCCAUUAUUUUGAGUUGCUCUUUUCAGGAUUACCAAAAAGCCAAUUACGUGUAAUUUUACAUGUUCAGCGUGUUAGAACAUAACGUCUGUUUUUAAAAGUGUAAUAGGCUUCCCUUCAAGAAGCUCUCUUGCCUGCCAUGAAGUGAAAAUGAUAAAAAGUCAUAGCAGGUAUGCAGUUUAACUCUGUGUAGAACCUAGUAGCAUUUAAGCUAUUUUUCAGAUUGAGUACAGUCUGUGUGUUGUUUGCAUAUUGACACUGCCUGUUGUCCUGUCAUUACUAAAUUAAUGAGUCUAUAUAUAAAGUUUUUCUCCCAGAGGCCACAGGGCAGUAAAUGACUUUUACUAAAAUUGCAAAAUAAAUUCCAGUCUUUGCUGUUUCUAUAUAUAAGCCCCCUCCCCGCGUGGUGUGCUGCUUCAGCCCUGCAGAGGAGCUUGGUUCUGAACAGACCCAUCUUGCACAGACUCUGUGCUUUCUUUCACCAGGGAAGCAAAGUCUUACCAGCCACAAACCAGCCAAAAAGGUGUAGUGGAUAUCUGCUCUCAUCAGCUAGGUGAAAAUGUUACAACAUAAUGGAUUUUGCCCACUGCUCUGUUUUAUCUGAUUGAGUCUUUGACUAGAAAUUGGUGCAUAAUCAUUACAGCAAGAGCAAGAAAUGAAACUGUAGCAAUUAUGUAAAUGAAUGGGUUGGCUUCUUAACACCUGUUACUAGUGGACUUCCUGUAAGGAAGUUAGUUCUGUUUUUUUGUUUUUCAACAAAAUGUGCUUUUGUUUUUUAACUCUUAAUUCUCCCACAUCCUCCCCAGGAGUGCUUUUUACUUCAUUUGUUUAAUUUAAAUGAACCUUUCUCCUUGUAUGUGUGAGGUGAUCUGGCAGGGCGGGGUGGGUGGGUGGGUUUUGUUCUGUGUUCUCCUAUACUUAGGGCAUCCGUCGGCCUCCAGGACCUUUACUUUAGGUCUUCUUCCUCAGAAAGUCUUCAAUCUUCCUUUGUUUUUUGUUCUGUUUUUUUUCUUAAAGAGUAUUUUUAAAGCUUAAAUUUGUAUAUUAAUUUAGGACUUUAUUUAGAAGUAUAGGCUGCCAUUGGCGGUAGCAGUAUAUUCUGAAAUGUCUCAUAGAUAUAUAUUUUUGAAUAAAGAUGGUGUUGUUGAAUGA